UACUAGCCGCAGAACGGCAGUAAGUGCAGUGCGAGCUCACUGGAGGUCUGGAGCUCUGCUUCCUCACCUUCGGACCUUCACCUCUCCUUCUCCAGUUUCCCACUUCUUAGCCAUCAUCAGAACAUAGGAGAGAGAAGAGAAGGCGAGGGUCUUCGAGGCUGAAGAAGAAGAAUGGGGCUGGUAAAGGCUGCCAUGGGAGACGCCAUUCUAACGUCAAUAUGGGUUUUCAGCGUCUCAACUCUCCGAAUCCUCAGUUCUCAAGUUGCCUCCUUCCUAGACCUCCACCCUUCUUCGCUCGCCGGCCUCUUCAUCACCACCGUCAUCUCCACUAUUCUGGUCUUCACUAUCAGUCUCAUCGGCAGAAUCCUUGGCGGCGCUAGCUUCAACCCCUCCACCACUGUCUCCUUUUAUGCCGCCGGGCUCCGACCCGACUCUUCUCUGAACUCCAUGGCCAUCCGAUUCCCUGCUCAGGCGGCAGGCGGGGUCGCCGGAGCUCGUGCUAUUCUGCACCUCAUCCCCACCCAGUACAAAUCCACGCUUAAAGGCCCUUCCUUGAAAGUGGAUUUGCAUACCGGGGCCAUAGCAGAGGGAGCGUUGACUUUCGCUCUCAACUUGACUAUUCUUCUUGUUAUGCUUAAAGGUCCUAAGAACCCUCUGUUGAAGGUUUAUUUGAUUUCUGUGGCAACAGUAUCUCUGGUUAUUGCUGGUUCUGCGUAUACAGGACCUUCUAUGAACCCUGCUAAUGCAUUUGGAUGGGCUUACAUUAACAACAGGCACAACACUUGGGAGCAGUUCUAUGUUUAUUGGAUAUGUCCUUUCAUUGGGGCUACUCUUGCUGCUUCCGUCUAUCGAUUUCUCUUCAUGUCACCGGUCAAGCAGAAGAAAGCCUGAAAGGCACAAUUUAUAAAAGAUUGUAGUUUUUAAGUAUUUAUGCUCAUAAAUUCUCACCGUCCUUUUUGUUUUCUCAUCCCUCGUUACUGAGGUAGUUUGGGAUUUUUUUCCGUACUCGUGUUUCAUCGCUCUUCGGGGGAAUUCCAAUACUGGAUUUCAGCUUCCUUUGUCAGAUGGAGAAGAGUGUAAUGAUGUUGUCUAGAAAUUCACUCUUGGAAAAGUCUGCAGUGAUGCAGCCCCUCUGAAAGGCUUGUAGAACUUAAUAUUUUUCCCAUGAGCAAUGGUUUGCUCUGCAACUUAAUAUUCUUUCAUCUUUAUCUUC